AUUUUUUUUUGGUUUUUAUUAUAAACUUGUUAGAAUGAAUAGAGCAUUAAUAACAGCUUCACGACGACUGUUGCUACGUAGCGUUGUUCGCCAGUCAUCAGUUUCUAGACAUGUCAUUACACGAUCCUUGACACAAACUGCUGUUCGACCUAUCUUCAAGGGUAUCUUUCGCAACUCCUCAGCUCAGGACACAGAUAAUAAGCGCCAGGUCAUUAUAGAUCAAGACCAUUUAUUUCACAUUCUAUCGAAAUCACCUAUAGCAGAAAUGAGAGACAGAGCUGCCAUCAUUAACAAAUAUGGUACCUGUCCUGUCUGUGACAACCACGAGGCACCUAAACAGAAGCCAACGUAUGAUUGUCCCGAAUGUGGAUAUCCUACACAUUGCUGCGAAGACCAUUAUCACCAAGGAAAAGAGGCGCACAAGGAAAUAUGUUCUGUUUUACGAGAGAUUAAUGAAGACGAUCAUGACUUACGUUCGGGAAGACCUAUGCGAGAAUUUGAAUUUCCUAGUGCUCAGGGAUUUGAUGAAACGGUCAAUAUGGCAAACUGGGAUAUGUUCUUUUAUACCCGUAGUUUCCCAUCCAUGGACUCUGAUAGAUCAAUGCGUCAUGUAUCAAAACUAUUGACAUAUCCUAUAUCCAUUGCUGCCGUUUUGCAUGAAUCAAGUCCGUACAAAUACGGAGAUCAGAUUACAGCAGAAGGCAUGCGAUCAAUAGCAGCCCUUAGAACCAUUUUGUAUCCUAAAAAUCGACUUGUCAACGAUGCCCAAGCUCAAGUUCGUACAGAGACAAUCAACAUUUACCUUUUAGGAGCUCGUGCGGAGGCAACCUUACCAUCUCACAUCUGGCUACAACUUGCCUACCUGUUUCCAUCAACGCCUUUCCACAUCCAUUUUAUUGGGCCCGACGCCUUAGCCCCUAACCAAGAACCUCACAUGAAGUCAGUAAAUGAACGCCUUUUCUUUACGUUUGAUAACGCCAUGUAUCACGACUAUCAUGAAAAAAUCGAGAAAUUUGAUCCUUAUACCGAUUUCUUCUUCUUGUUCUCUCCUGGUAUUGGUCAUCACAGUGCACGUGAAGGUUGGAAACCAUCGAUCCAGAAAGCACUCGAGACCAAAUGUGCCAUGUUCAUCACGGGCUAUGAUGAAGCAGAUAUGAUGAAUGAUGUGACAGCUGUCGAACAGGAUUAUCAAGGUGAAUUCGAUUGGGUCUUGAAGCCAACGGUGAAUGAGUAUAGAAGCUUAAAGAGGGAUGUCAAUUUGAUGGACCUUCGACAAACCAUUUUUGCAAAUUAUGGUAUUUGGGGCAUUCGUGGUAAACGAUACGAUGUAACUCAUAACCCUGAAGAGAAUGAAUAAUAAAAAAAUAAACAACAAUAAAAAAAUACCCUUACAACCUUCUCCUAUUCUCUCUCUCUUUUU